CGGUCGGCUCCUGCCGCUCGGCUCCCCGCUGAGCCGGAGGCUCGAACACCCCGACGGCUGGCGCGCCGCUCUCCCUGUUCUUCCCGUCGGACUCGGCGUCCGCAGUUGCGGCCGGCCGGCCGGCACCCACCGGGUGUCCCCCUGCGCCCCCGCAUCCGCCGAGCUGUGGUAGCUUUUGCGUCGCAGGGACCCAGCUGGCUUGGAGAAGCAGGCAGAGCGGGGAAGUGCAGUACUCCUUUACCACUCCCCAAAGUGGGCUGCAGGCCUGCUCGGGGCUGAAUAUCCCGAGGGAGGCACCAGCACUCAUCUGGAAUCACCCAGCCUGCCCUGGUAUAGUCCUCUGGAGAGGAGGGUCCUCUUCUUAACACCCUGUCGCUGGAGACACUGCACACCCCGCUGCUCUACUGCGACUGACGACUGUCUCCGGUGCUCCAGGAACAACCACCCUUCAUGCAGGAGAUGGGACCUUUUGAGAGAGAGUAUUUGUCUUGCUGCCUCUAAGCUGCCCCUCAGCUUACAUAGUUCCAGAUACUUUCUCAGGACAAACUGAUCCAUUUCUGUAGGAGAAUAAUGCUCUGCAUGGCCUUCCAGAAGAUCUUGACUUCCCACACAGGCAAACCAUCUUACUUGGGUGCCACAAGAUUGCUACUCCUGCCCUACAUCCUGUUUCCUGGGGCCUGAACUCUCCUCUGUUUCCUCUGUCAGCAUAGCCUCUGGAGGGACCCUGUCUGCAAGUUGCUGCUGGGAAAGACUGAGGUAGAAGUUGAAUGGGGAAUGGAGGAGAAAGCAAGGUCACUCGUCAGUUAGCAUGAUCUAGGGGUGCAUUUGUGCAGUACCCUUGCCUAGUGCUGCCUGCACUGCCCUUCUUGGGGAGACUGGCUUCAUACCACUGCCCAUCCAGGGGAGUCCUGCAGCUUCUGAAAAGAACCAGUUCCUUGGUGCUGCGUAAGGAGCAAUCAACAACCUGCUGUUUACCAUGGGGACACCAGCAUGAGAAACCAGCCCUUCUUCCCUGGCAGAGUCUCCUGCCCUCUGUGAGGAAGAAGCACCCAGCCUGGCCUUGUCCCUAAGGCAGGAACUGGAUCCAAAUGCAUCCUCAGCCUGCUGUCCUAGACCUGUUCCUGCUUCUGGUCAAGGAGAAUACCUGCUGCUAAUUCAUCAUGACAUAAUACCUGGUCUCCUGCCCCAUCCUGUCGGAUAAGUUUCUUGCUUCCUCUUUGUCUCUACACAUGUGACUCUGCGUGUUCAUCAGCCACCUUGUCUGGUACAGCGACCUGGGAUGCCAUCAGGAGCUCGAAUGCCCCAUCAGGGGGCUCCAAUGGGUCCCCCAGGCCCUCCAUACGUCGGAAGCCCCUCGGUGCGACCGGGGAUGCCCCAGGCUGUGAUGGAAACCACAAGGAAACGUGCGGCACCCCAGCAGGUCCAGCAGCAGCAGGUCCAGCAGCAAGUACAGCAGCAGCAGCAAGCCACUCAAAGCCGGACUCGGAGUGCCAAGAGGAGGAAGAUGGCUGACAAAAUUCUCCCUCAGAGGAUCCGGGAGCUGGUUCCUGAGUCCCAGGCCUACAUGGAUCUGUUGGCCUUUGAACGCAAACUAGACCAGACCAUUAUGCGGAAGCGUGUGGAUAUUCAGGAAGCGCUGAAGAGGCCAAUGAAGCAAAAGCGGAAACUGAGACUUUACAUCUCCAACACAUUUAAUCCUGCAAAAUCCGAUGCUGAUGACUCUGAUGGCAGCAUUGCUUCCUGGGAGUUGCGAGUGGAAGGGAAGCUCCUGGAUGACCUCAGCAAACAGAAACGGAAGUUUUCAUCUUUUUUUAAGAGUUUGGUUAUUGAACUGGACAAAGAUCUUUAUGGACCUGACAACCAUCUUGUGGAGUGGCACAGAACUCCCACAACCCAGGAAACAGAUGGCUUCCAGGUGAAAAGACCAGGCGAUGUCAGUGUGCGGUGCACGUUGCUCCUUAUGCUGGACUACCAGCCCCCGCAGUUUAAACUGGACCCGCGGCUGGCCCGUUUGCUGGGGAUACACACGCAGACCCGCUCGGCCAUCAUCCAGGCGCUCUGGCAGUACAUCAAAACAAACAAGCUGCAAGACUCCCAUGAUAAGGAAUACAUUAACUGCGACAAGUACUUCCAGCAGAUCUUUGAUUGUCCCCGGCUAAAGUUUUCUGAAAUUCCUCAGAGGCUUACUAACCUGCUGCUGCCACCAGACCCUAUAGUGAUAAACCAUAUCAUCAGCGUUGACCCAAAUGAUCAGAAGAAGACGGCUUGUUAUGACAUAGAUGUAGAAGUUGAAGACCCGUUAAAGGGCCAGAUGAGUAGUUUUCUUCUCUCAACAGCUAACCAGCAGGAGAUUACAGCAUUGGACAACAAGAUUCAUGAGACAAUCGAAUCCAUAAAUCAGUUAAAAAUACAACGUGAUUUCAUGCUGAGUUUCUCCAAAGAUCCCAAAGGAUACAUCCAAGACCUUCUCCGGUCCCAAAGUAGGGAUCUUAAGGUGAUGACUGAUGUGGUUGGAAACCCAGAGGAAGAACGCAGAGCUGAAUUUUAUCACGAGCCAUGGUCUCAAGAGGCUGUGAGCAGAUAUUUCUACUGCAAGAUCCAGCAGCGUCGGCAGGAACUGGAACAGUCUCUGGGAGUGCGCAACACAUAAGUACCGCUCACAAGAUCCCAUUGGCAUCGUGACCACCGAAACAGUGGACUUUUCAGUGUUACUUAGCUCACUGUUACACAUGGACCUGCUUCCUGACUGGAUGAGAUCGUAUCGUCAACACACCAGUCAGAACACCAGCUUUAAAGUGACCCUUGAAAAUCUUGCCCAUGGGGGGUGUCUCAAACCAUUCCAGGCCAGAGAAAGCACUGUACAAGUGUCUGUUAAAGAAGAUUAAAGGUUCAUUCAUCAAUGCGCAUCAUUAAAUUUUAGUGGAAAGUUCAGACACCACAUAGAAUCACAGGUGGUAUUGAAGGCAGAGGUUGAGAUGUUAUAGGAUGAGGUGUUAUAGGACACUACAGACACUACAGAUUUAGAGAAAUAAAUGCAGUUGUCAUUCUAUAUUAACUAUAGUCUCUAAUAGUAGCUUCUCUGGAAUUAGACAAGAUAGUCUUUUUUUAUAGCUGUGGAAUGCUUUAUAUUCCUGACCACGGAUUUUAUUCCAGCUGGAGCAGUGCAAGAAGCCAUCUCACCGUGUGAAAGAACAAACUAGAAGAAUUUUCAUUCCUGGAAUGAACAGCCCCUCUGGAAGAAUGUAGUAUAGUCAGGACAUCUCUUCUGCAAAUUCUUAAUACUUCCUUUUUCUUUGCCCCUGCAGUGAAAGGUAGACUCAAUUCGGUAUCACUAGAGGGGUAUGAUCAGUGUGCUGUACUGAGAGGAAGGGAAAUAUCCCUUGGAUAAGAGCUUCUUAGGCAUCCUUCAUAUCAGUGAUGUUAGCAAAGACGAGGUUGAAGCAAGAAAUGAGGCAUUCUGAGAAUAUUAAAAUAACUUAAUGGUGCUUUGCUGAUACCUGCCUUGAAAACAGCAGAUACUAACAAUAAGCAUAUAUGUAAAAUACGAAAUUUCUUAAAUGUUUCUCUUGAGUAACUUCUCUAAUUGUUAAGUUGGUGUGUAAUCCAAGAGGCUCACCUUCAUAUAAAGUGGCAGUUUUCUCUUUGCCUAAGAUGUUAACUGAGUCCCUCAAUUGGUCUCAUAUUUUGAUCAUAGGUGAACUGCAUCUUGCUCUGAAUUACUGAGUUCCCUCAUACAUUAUAUGUACUAGUUAUAUAGGAUGCUGUUGCAUUAUAAAGCACUAUCAGCCUUAAAAAGCACAGAGAACAUAUCCCUUGGAAACCAUCUUCUUUGUAAAUGUAUGACAAAUUCAGGCUAUGGGAAUUUACACCAUAUUUACUUGGAAGCAGGGACAUCUUCAUUCAAUCCUUCCCCCCCUCAUUUUUUGUAGUGCAUAGACUAGUUUGUAAUUAAUGGCCCAACGUGAUUUCUAGUCCAAAAAGCAGCCGCCAAAGCAUAACUCUUUGUCCAGAUGAUGUGGUACUCCAAAUCCUCUUUUAGGUUACUCCUUUUUGUCUCCUUUCUUUCACUUCCUUGGAAAGAGAAUUGAAUUCACAUAUGGGAAGCAGCUCUUCUGAAUAACGCUUUUGCUGUGGUAUUAUCCUUUUCUCUUCUGUUGUCUUUGCCAAUUUCUUUCUUAGUUGAACUUAAAAGUUUCUUCUGUCCAGUUACAGAAGAGAUAGUCUUCUCUUGCACCCCUUAAUUUAAUACCUCUGCUUUCACAUUAAUAUUACCAUAGCUUUUACUGUGUCCAUUGUGUUCAGAGAUAUCUUGGAAAAGUUACAUUUGAUUGCAGUCCUGUGAUGGCAGUACUGUCAUGCAAAACCAUUGGUUUAAGAAAAAUCAAAGCUGUACCUCUUUGCCUGAGACCUUAUACCAGGAAGGCUUCAUCUGGAACUUUUUUGUGUUAAAACCCUUUUUUCCCCAGUAAAACAUGAAAUCCUGCAGUCUUAAACUGAGUAUAGUGAGGGGCUAUGAGGCUGCCAGACAGUGAAUGACUUGAAAUCUUACUUAAUUCAGGACUUUGCUAAUUGGACUACAAGCAAGCAUUAGGAGGGAAAGCAGUGGGGAACAUCUGCUACUGUGCUUCCAUAUUUAUUAUGCUGCUGUGUCAGUUGUGUGCAUGCUGUCCAGUGUGUAAAUCUCUUUUCUGUAUGUGGUAAACAGAGCAGCUACAAUCAGGGGAUGCUUUCAGUCUCUGGGACUAAGAAAUGCAGAGAAAGAUAACGUAAGAAUGCAAGAAGGGCAUGGGAUUGGGAUGGAUACCUGCAGGAUGUCUGCCAGGGAACUCGUUUUUUUUGAGAACUUUCCCAUUGAAGAGGCAGAUAUUUGUAUAGAGAAAUUUUAAGCAUGUGCCACAGCUGGCAACAUAAUGGAGUCCAGUCUGCUUUUAGAAUGUCUCUGUAGAAUUAAUUAAAUAAUGUGGUGUUGCUGCCCAGUGCUCACAACUAUCCCUGGAAGGUGAAUCCAUGUUAAGCACCAACACUGCACUGAAGCGUGUGGGCGUGAGUCGGACACUGCAAAUGGCACUGAAGAUGGCAAUCCAAAAUCCAAAUUCUUAUAACCCACUCUCCAUACUCUACUGUACACAAAAAUGGCCACCGAUAGUGAGUCUUAGGAAUAGCUGUCGGGUGUCUUUCCUUCAGUUAAACUGGAAUCUGAGAUUUUGGUGGGUAUGUUCUUGUUCAGUUCAGGCCUCAAUGAAGAGACAGAAAUUUUGUCCUCUGUUCUAGGAGUGCAGCCAGAAGCUUGUGUGUUUGCAAAAAGGAGCAAUUAUAUUUGAAGAAAAAGAAUGGAGCAAUACUGAGGGGAACUGGAGCAAAUCCUGCUUGGGCGGACACAAAUGAAAGGCAGUGGUACUGAACAGGCAUGUAAUUGUGGCAGAUUGUGAAUGAUAAAUUCAUUUUAAGUUCAGGAUGGUUGUCUUUUUGUGUGCAUAAAAGAUGACAAUAAGAUGUUUUGGGGUCUUCAGUUGCUGCCACGGUACAAUACAAAUCAGUGCAUACUGCAGAAAAAACAUUCUGUGCGUAGAAGUAGUUAAUGUUUAGAUGAUAAUAUAGAUUGUUAGAAAAUAUAGCAUUAAACUAGGAGAGGAUUAAAACAGUAUUCUGGAGUACCAAUAGAAGGGAAAUAUAUCUUGGAGCUGAAGUGUUGACAGUUUUGAAACACUCUUUUUAGUCCUUUGCACUUCAGACCAAGUGUUUCUUAGAAAUUAAAGGGAAAACAAAUGUUUGAUUGUGGAAUAGAGAGAAGAACACAGCAGUGGAAAGCAAAAUAAAAAGGUGGAGCAGAGUGCUGCUGAAGUGCCAGUAAGACAGCACAGGAGGAAGUGCAGAGCACUGUUGGAAAUAGCACAGUCCAUGUGAGUCAGUAUAUUUUGUGUGCACGUACAUGUAGAGAGAUGUGGGAGAGAGUGAGUGUCUCGGCUUGUGUGUAGCCUGGGAAAGGGCGCGCAGUACAGAACCAAAUGUUCUGCAGAUAACUUUGAGACACAUUGUCAAAACAUUUUCCACUGUUACCAACUGGGAUUCAGUUGUUUGGCUUAGCAGGGUUGGUAGUUGUAGCACAAACACUGUUUUAGCUGGCAGUUUUCUUAUGCCACAUUGUUUAGAAUUUAUCCUGUGGAAGCAGAGUAAAAAUAUUAAUGCAUAUAUCAAUAUUGCUGCAUAUCCUAGGACUCCUAAUUUUGCCCAAAUGCUAGUCAGAUAUUGAAGGUUUUUUGGCCUGUUUUUGUGUUGAAAAUCCUUUUAUGGCAGCGCAAGUAGAUGAUGGGGGAAAAGAAAGCUUUUUUCAUGAAGAGAGGUCUCCUUUCUGUAACUGCUCUGUUCAAUAGGAUGUAUCUGUUCUGCCAGAUCCUGUAUGAUAAACACCUUUUCCAAUCUCAUUGAAGAAAGGAACUCCAUUAAAAAAUACAACUGGGAGCUUGUGAGAGUGAGCAAAUACAUGUAUUAAGGGGGGGGAGGGAAGGGGAGUGGGGAAAAGAGAGACUCCCUCUGCUCUGUAGCUUCAUUGUAUGAUGCCAAGUGAUGCGUAGAAAAGCUUUUAACAAUAAAUACUUUGUUUCUUUGUAUCUCUUGCACUAACCUUAUGUGUCUUAACGAGACAGGUACAGCUGUUUUCUUUCUGCUCCAGAUAACAUUCUCAAGUUUUUGGAUUUCUCUUCACUUGAGUGUGACAUGUACAAGUUUUAAUGGGACCUGUCAAAGGUGAGAACUUCCGAUCUUUCUAAUGUUGAUUUGUUUCUUCACUGGAUUCCAUCUUCAGCCAUUUCCAUACUGAAUAAAUGAGAAAUCCUUA